AUGGUAAAAGCAACUAUAAAAGAAAAAGACUCCGAUUCACAUCAACCUAGUACUUCGGGAACGAUAAUAAUCACAACACCGCAAAUAAAGAAACGCAAUCGAAAUUCAAAACCUUCACAAAGAAAGAAACAAAACAGGAAUUCUAAGAUAUCACAAAUUAACAAAACGAAUAAAAAAACAAAGCCAUCAGCAAUAAAAGUCUGUCGUUCUAAACUUGAAAAACUGGAUGACAACCAUUCUCCACUUGGAAGCAAAUCUGAUUCAUGGAAUUUUCAAUUACCUACUGAAGAAAAUUUAGAGUGUUCGGAAAUCCAUGAGUUUUUGAACUUAAGAUAUUUUUCAACAAUUCUUCAACAGUGGUUUUCAUGCGCUUGCUGCUCGUCUUUAUAUUGUGAAAGCCAAUUAAAAAUAGCUUCUGGUAAACAUGAAUUGUAUCAUGAUGUACUAAAAGGCGAACUUCUAUGCAGGAAAUGCUUUGCAUUUGCACCAUCGAACAAUUAUCCUCAUUGUCCUUACGCACGAUACAAGAAUAAAUUCGAAAUUUCUGUAAUACCGGAAGAUUUAAUAUUGGGUUUUAUAGAACAAAGAGCAAUUACAUUAAACCAUAUCUAUAUGAGUAUUAUUUUAAUUCGUGGUCGCCAAGCUGCUUUAAAAGGACAAAUAGUACAUUUUCAUGUUGAUACAGAUGUCAUUGUUGGUAAAUUAUUACCAUUUCCAAGAUACUAUGAAUUCCUGGCUGUUGUACAGGAAAAACCACAUAAAAAUAACGAGAUUCGUACUACUGUCACUUAUUCUUUUAAUCCAGCGCGAGUGUUGAUAGCUUUAAUCUAG